AUGGUGGCUUUUCCCACCAGACCCGGCAGCGUGGUGGUGGAUCACGUUGUCAUCAUCUCCCUGAUGGUGACCGCCCAAAGCCAGGAGAAGCUCCAAAACAUCACGAUGAACCUGCAUGAAGAGAUUCAUGCAGCAGUGGAGCAGCAGAACUGCACAGAUGACGAGCUGUGCUUCAACUCCUCCGACGUGGUGCUCGGCAACAGUUCACUCAACUUCGAUGGAGAGGCCUACUGCAAGCAGAAAGUGGCUGAGGACUACCGGGACUAUUACUUUCCCAACCUGACGAGCUCUGGUUUCUACUGCAUAUCCAACUGCACCCCGGACACCUCUGGCACCAUCAACUGUAACAAGGGGCAGUGCCAGCUCACCCGGAGUGGUCCACAGUGCUUUUGCUACGAGACCGAUAUCUACUGGUACCAGGAUAAUCGCUGCAAGACCCGUGUCAACAAGAUGGCGGUGGGGUUCGGCUUGGCCGUGGCGAUUCUGGCUAUAACAGUCAUCGUCCUCGCCAUCUUCCUCUUCCGAGCUCGGAGGACCAGAACGUUUUACAGCACCCAGAAGGCGAUGAAGCAGAGGUGGUAUGAGGACACAGAGGAGGCAUGGACCUUCCCAGGAAGCUUCACCUUCUGGAACAAAGAUGCCCCGCUCGAGGACAAAUUUCAGGUCGACCUUGACUCCGUAGACACAUCUGCAACGGUGAGUUCCAACCACCACCCCCAGGAGGCAUGGACCUUCCCAGGAAGCUUCACCUUCUGGAACAAAGAUGCCCCGCUCGAGGACAAAUUUCAGGUCGACCUUGACUCCGUAGACACAUCUGCAACGGGGUAG